GAUUUCUACGCAAUAAUAUACACUAUUUUAUUCUCUUUUCAAAUUAUGAUUGUGGCACAAUUUCUGGUUUUAAUUGGCUUGACAAAUGUAGCGGCCUUCAUAAGAUAUGAACUCCCUAACGUAUUUGUAAACCGAAUCCAUGUGAAUCAUAAUGUCUACGUUAUUGCAACCCUACAGGCUCUUGGAGAUGUGUGGUUUAUAACGAAAUUGAGUAUUGAUGAAGAACGCAUAAUUGACUAUUUCCAAACAAAUACAAGCGAGUAUCGUGAACAACUUUUAUGGUAUCAUACAAAUAGCUUAAAACAAACUCUUAACUUUUAUGGUAUAUAUAUCCACGAGCGUCUUCCUUAUCAAGAAUGUUUUUACCAUGUAUCAAGAGCAAUUUUUUUUAAAAGCGGAUAUUACAUCGUGUCUGCCUUGAUUACAAAGAUUGGGAGAACAGCAGAUGAGCUUAGAGGUGUGAGCUACACGCACAUUGACUUAGAUGAAAACUUACGUUGCGAGCCAUUAUUUCGUAUACCUCAGUGUUUUAAUGCAGAUUCUCCUUUGCAUUAUGAAGUUUCUAACAUUAUCAUCCUACGAGCAAUAUUUAAUCGGCGUUGUCCUAUGGAUAUUUUUACUCAUUAUUACUGGACGCUGCACGAUAGCACAGAGCGCCAGCUGUUAGGCUAUUUGGGAGGAACAGUAAAGCCCGAACUGAAGAUUGGAAGAUAUAAGCUUAAAGUUCGGCAGCAAUCUCUUUUAAACCGAAUGGUAAUGGUACGCUUAAAUGCACGAAUUAUCGGACGCCGGGCACCACUCGUAGCAAGAUGUUACAUUGCCCUUGCACCUCAACGUUUAUUUGCUAUCAUACGUGGUGGACCGUCUCGUAAAGUGUAUAUGGGAAAGCCGAUUAUCGUUAAUGGGAGUCACAGCCGUGACCUUUCAUUGCCAAAGAAUGCUAAACAGCUGUUUACAUUUGAAUGGUAUUGUGAUGCUACGAAAACCGAGGAAAAACUUUGCAAUAUAAAGAUGGGAAAAGGUGCUUCCUUCACGAUUCCUCCGUUUACUCAACAUGGCGACCAAAUAAUUACAUUUAUCUUAAGUAUACGUUCCACAUUUGAUCUUCUUCGGUCAUCGAUUGCUGUGCAGUCCAUUUAUUUUUCGUUGUAUCCCAGACAUUAUAUUGAUAUAAUUAUUAAGUGCGUGACAAACUGCAAAGGAAAUAGAUUUUCCGUUAGCUCUCAUAUACACCUUAAGGCACAUUGCCUUUCGUGCAAAUCGGUAAAAAUUACAAAGUGGGUGUGGACCAUCAAUAAAAUAGUAGUAGCCUCUUCAAAAAGGCUUAUUUAUAAUACGACGAAGAGAUCGUCUAUUACAGUAUACUUAAAUAUGGAAGCUGUUCAUAAAUAUAAACCAACUUCAACGUACUACGGAUCGUCUAGUAUGCGUCUUGAAAGAAAUGUGGGUCCCAUAUACACUAAGUGUUAUAUUAAACCAAUAGAUGGUGAAGCCAUAAAAACGGUAUUUCAUAUCAAGUGCCUAACUCAAAAUGCUUUGCAUAAGCCUUUGACGUACUGCUUAAGUGUUAAGGGCUUACUAAUUAGUGAAUGCAAAACUGAACAGUUGAUUAUUACGCGACUACCUGUAACAUCAAAAAUAGGUGUACAGGUUUGUGAUUAUUUGGGCGCAUGUGUUUAUCAAAGUGUGGAUGUCAAUGUUCGUUCUACUGAUUUAGAAGAUAGUGAGGUUGCAGUUUUUAAUUUUGUCACUCGUGCUCGUUAUUGGCUGGAAUAUGGUGAUUGGCUUCAGUCUUAUAUAAUGCUUGAUCAAAUAGCACAUCGAAUGGAUUCUAAGGAACGUCUUCUUAUUUUCACUGAAGCGCUUAGAGAGUACCAGCCGCAAUCUACUGUACAAUUGGGUCAUCUUGUACGGAUUUUAUUUAAAAUACUUAUGCAUAUUCUACCUUUGGAUGAUAUGAAAGUUAAUAUGCUUGCUCGAAUUCUUCAUAUUAUUGGAUCUACUUUUAAAACAGUUAUUGUAAAUAACGAACUAUAUACACUUACAGAUCAAUACUACUCCGGCAUGGUGGACGAUAUGUUUGAAAUUCUUGAUAAGUUCAGUAUUGAAUGGGAGUAUAUUCCGAAAUCACAGUGUCGAGCAGAAUCAGAGUCCUGCCUAAACGUCGAUAACUUUCGUAAUAGACUAGAACAAAUGUCUACUUUGAAUCCACAGGGAUUAGAACAUAUUAAUAAUUGGUUGCAUGCACAUUGGAAACUGAGUACCUGCCUAUUUUACAUGGGUAUGGGCAUGACGCGCCGCAUACAUCCGACUGAAACACGAACAAGAAAAGAGACUCGAACGUUUUUUUUAACAAUGGAGAGUUUUGAUAUAGAUUUAGAAGGUGGCUUAGUGAUUAAAUCCGCAGACUCGAUGCAUACACUCAUUUUCACAGAUAAGCUGUUACAAGAGUUACGUGAAAUAUUGGGAAAUGAUGAAGUUCUUAUUUCUAUUCGGAGUCAUAAGCAUACUCAAUACUGGUGGUAUCCUGAGCAAGAUUCGCGGACGCAAGUACUGGUUGUUAAUGUCUAUACAUCCAAUGCAAUCUUGGGAAAAACGCAAGAACUAUCUGAGCCAUUCCAAUAUGUAUCCAGACUCUCAGCUGAUUUCUCAGGAAGUAACCCCGAAUGCGAUAAAGUGCAGUGUGGGAAUCGGCACCGUCGACAAAAUAGUAUUGAAUUUGAUGAUCCUGUAGAAGACGUCGAAAAUGUCAUACACGAUAACGUUAUAAGUGCGAAAGAGGUACGCAUGUAUCGUAUAGAGGUUUAUGGCCAUUCUGUGCUUGGAGUUACUUUUUCAAAGGCCGAUAUAGACUUCCGCGUGUUACUUCAUAUGACAAACAACCCACAGUUGAAUGAUAUAGAUACAAAGAAUACAACGUGCUUGGUAAAAUCUGGAGUUGUAGAAAAAUCUGCUUUAUUACUACGGAAUUUGUGUAUAAAGGCUCGCACAGUUUAUAUAUAUGUUCGCUCUGAAAACAAAUUGGAAAAUUGGGAUUCAUUUGGCGAAACAGGUGCUUAUUACACCUUCUCUACUGAAAUGCGUAGUUGUCGAAUUUGGAAAUUUGCACGGCCAGAGCCAAGCUGGCAGACUAUUCAGUGCAUUCCUGAAAUGAACAUAAGUGUAUAUCAUGGUGUACAUUGCCGAUGUAAUUUCAUUAGCGAUCUCGAUGCUGAUGCUAAACCAAUUAUUGCUGUUCGUAUGAAUCUUAAAUGCCAUUUAGAGCGUCCAGUGGUGGGGCUUAAUUAUGAAAUUAUCAUUUGCUACAUUGUUAUACCAAUAACGGUGAUUGGGUUUCUGUUUAUUCAAAUGCAUAGAGCAGCAUUUUGGGACAAGCCCCUAUAUUUGGAAGAUGUAUACAGUGGCGAGCUUUGUCGAAGUGGUGACAUAAUAGUCCGCAUUACAUUUGGCGGUCAAUACCACUCUGGAUCUUCAGCAAAUAUAUUUCUUUUACUGCAGUCAUCCCGAGGUAAUAUGGAGAUAAUAGUUCACCAAGAUUCAUUUAAAAAGGCUUUUAAUCGCAAUUGCACAAUUUUUUUUCGUCUUGAUAGAGAUAUUGUCCAUUUACCAGUGCGUCUUGCACUCGGUCAUGAUAACACUGGCACUCAUCCACAUUAUUUUUGUCGCAGUAUAGUGAUUACUGACUUAAUAACGGAGAAAACACAACACUUUCGUUUUGAUCGGUGGGUGCGUGUAUCGCCUAUGGCAGGAAUUAAAAUGCAUUUGGAGUCAUCAAUGAUUCUCGACUUCGCUAAAAGUACACCAAAACAACUAUAUCGAUGGUCGUCGAGAUUCUCACUUGCUUUUGAGUUAAGCAUGGAGAAAUGGUAUUUAUUUCAAUCAUUAGUAGGUCCAUGGCGCUCGGGAAUUAACGGUAAUUCUCUUAGCCGUUGGGAACGUAGUUGCAUAUACAUGAGCAAAAAUUACGUAUCAAUGUGCAUAGUUAUAGUAUUCUUUGGACGCGCUGAACCAAUAUUAUGCGACCCAAGCCCAAAAAGGUAUAAUGAUGUUAAUAUUGUGGUUUGGCUAUGCUUGAUAUGCUUGAUUGCAAGUUGUAUUACAGAAUUUAUUAUGAAUUUAUUUCUCAGAAUGCUAUCAAAAUAUAAUUAG